AUGAGUCAGUUCACGUCUAUGAUCGUUGAAAGGUUAGGAACACGAGAGUGUGGUAAAGACCAAUAUCGGUUUGGAUUAGCGAUUGUUCCGUAUGGAAACGAUAUUAGGCUUCGUGACGAAAGGAAAUCGAAUGUUUGGGCACUCGCAUGGAUUCGAAAAUCACUUGCAGGACAGGAAAGGUACUGCAUCUACAAAACUGCACUCUGCAGCCUCAACGGUGAGCCAAUCGUUUUUAUAACAUUUUUGUAA